AUGGCGUUGAUACGAAGGGCAGGGCGAGCCAUGAAGGAGUACUCGCUGAACGUGUGGCACGAUUACAAAACCGUCACCGUCGAUGCAGCAAAAGAAGGUCGCGACAAACCGUUGAAGACAGCAGCAAUACUUUCGGGACUGGCCGGCCUCGGCUACCUUUAUAAGACGACGCCCACCGAGCUCGAGUUCCACGACGAACUCGUCGCCAGAAGGCAUAAAUUGGUGCUCGUCCCGAAUUCGAUCCACAACCCUGAAGCGGACAGGGCACUGUUUGAACGAACGCAACUGCUAAAUCAGGGUCGAUUGCAUUACUACAAUUUCUGGUUCUUCUCCCUGAUUGUCAAAUCGCCGCACGACGACAAGGUGAAGGCGUACGCUUCGCAGGACAAAAGCCUAAGAUUAUGGUUCCCGAACGAAUUCGUCCAGAACAUCUACGACGUCGGCGUGAAUGGCAAAUGGUACAAGCUCGACCAGAGCUUCGUCGACCAUGACAUCAACACAAAUGAAUUUCCGGAAACCAGAAAUACCGCU